AUGUACUCUGGACAAUGGUUGCCCGGCGAUCAUGCCCAUAUACACGCGCAUCCCCAUGGCCAUGUUAAGGACAUGAGUGGUACUCAGAUGUCAACAGACGAUAUGCUGCUACAGGCUGCGACACACAUGCAAGGUGGCCAAGAUUUCCCAAUGGAUGCUUCCAUGAGUGCUCCGAUGGGUCAUCACUUGCAGUACCAACAAAGGCAUCCUCCGCAAAGACACCCCCUUCCAGCCGAACAGUACAGCAACAACGCCAGCUUCACUGAAGGUGAAAGCCAACUGAUGGAACGCGAUGAAAACGACGACGGCGAUUCCCGAAUGGUCAUGGGCGGAGCCCCUAAAAACACGUCAGGUCGAUCGAGCGCCAACAACGAGCUUGAAAUGAGGCAACUGUACAAGACCAACAUGCACCGUGGCCUUGACGAUGUGGCAAAGGAAUUGCACGGCAACGAUAGAGGUCCCAACUCGGAGCGAACGCGACAAGUUUUUGCCAUGCUUUGGAUUAACUCGGUCUGUAGUGCCGGUAAAGGAUCUGUCCCAAGAGGACGUGUGUACGCCAACUACGCCUCGAAGUGUGCCAACGAAAGGAUAACUGUACUUAAUCCUGCCAGCUUUGGCAAGCUCGUUCGCGUUUUGUUCCCUGGUCUCAAGACAAGACGGCUAGGUGUCCGCGGAGAAUCCAAAUACCACUAUGUCAACUUCACAUUACAUGAGGAAUCACCAGAGACACAUGAAGCCUCAGCUCGGAUAGCUCACCCUCAGACUGAAGCUAGAAGCCUCACCCCAAACUUCAACCAACUCCCCGCACCACCGAAUAUUAGUCUGAGCCAGGGGACACUACCUUCACCUCACAUCGGUACCGACGCGAAGCUCGAUACAAACUCACGCCAAUUCGUUUCUCGAUCCCAUAGCUUAUACAAUGAGCAUGAAGUUAGAAACUUGGAAAGUCUCAACUCUACGACAAAGACUCAAAUCGAACACGCCUUCCCUCCCGUUAACGAAGAAGCUUUCGCACUCGCUGACCCUCUUCCUCUCCCAUCGAUCGAUCGGUUCCUCCCUCAAGGAACUGAUCCCGAUGCUGCCAAAUCUUUGUCGGCAUUGUACCGGGCUCAUUGCACAUCACUCGUAGAAUGCAUAAGGUACUGCAAGGAGAAAAACUUCUUCCACCUGUACACCUCCUUUCAAGGAACACUGACGACACCUGUUCAAAAAUUGUUUGCGAACCCAGCCUUGGCGCCUUGGGUUGAGGAAUGUGAUUUUGUCCUCUAUCAACGCAUGAUGAGGAUAGUAUCGAGUCUCACACUCCAGGUUGUGCCGAAGCCUGUCUUAGAUACCUUCAGGACCAUUUCAGACAGACUUGUCCCCCACAUCCGGGAGUCGUUCCAAGGUCAGCCUCAGCACGUAAUGCGAGCCAAGGAAGCCCCCGCGACACUUUUUGCUGGACUCCUUGACCGUGCACUCAGGGUAAACUUAACGGCUCACGCGGCCGCAAAUAUGCUUUCUUCCCAAGAAAAUCGCAACCAGAUGUUCUCGGAUUGGGUUGUCAUGAUACGAGUGCGAAAGAUUGCCGAGUGCGUACCCACUCGAGGCAUGGACGACGUGGUGCAACUUCUCCUUCGUGAUAUUCGAUCGCUUUUGGAAAAUCCCGUGGUACCUUGGGAAAUAGAAACUGUCACGGUCUACGGAGAAAUUAGCCCCACCAACAGUCGCUCAUCGGAUGACGAUAAUAUAAGCGCGCCAGGUCAAAAUGUUCUUGAGAGCUGGGUUGCGUUUCUCAGAGGCUUGCCUCAGAGGUUCCCUUACGCUUCGGCUACGGACAUUGUGUGGUGUGUCGAGCGCAUUGGUACAGCAGUGAUGCGAGACAUCACGCUUGGCGGAGGAAAGAGCUUCGGUUCGUGGUGGGUGACAAAGACAUGGCUAGACGAGAUGUCAUACUUUUUGGUGGAGACGGGAGGAUUCAUGAAGCAGAGGAGCAGCCGCACCACGGGUACUAACACAACCAGCCCUCCUCCACAGUCGGCGAAAGAUACAAGCCGACAAACUUCCCGAUACAGCAGCGGUAGCGACGAACUCAACCUAAACAAUGCGUCUCAGAACCAAGGAGAACGGGCACCAUUCCCCCCCGCCUCCAACAAAGUGAGCCAAAACUCGAUGAGCAUGAGUGGUGGCGACAUGCACGACGAUAGUGGUAUUGGGAUCAGAACGCCUGAGGAAGAAUUCAACCUGGACAAGUUCGACUACACAGGUGCAGAAAACCAGGAGCAUGACAUGUUGACAGGAUCGGAGUUUGCCACAGGUGGACUAUGA